CCUGGGGAAAUUAUGUAAGCGAGGCAUGAAAUCCUGCAUUACCAACACGGUUGUUUCCUCCGUUCUCACAUCCAGCCCAACACCAUAUUCUCGCGUGAACAUGUGGGUAUAAAGUGGGCUGAUAAUAUCGACGAAACAUCAUAUUAUGGUCUUCAACUGGCAAAAUCGAGCAUAAUCCAAGUCAUAGUCUGCCGCCAGAAAAAAGUACUUGGAGAACCUUGUACAAGGACGAGUACCACAUUUUUAUCCACGUCGAGAAACGAGGCAAUAUAGUGUUGCAAUUGCUAUCUUCACUCACACCGGCAAGGGAUUACCUGAGUCUUAUCUACUGCCAUACGUAGCACACAUCAUGCUCCCAACGCCCUCAACCUCGCACGUCUCCUACGACACAAUCUACGAACCCGCUGAAGAUUCGUAUUUGUUUCUCGACACACUCUCCUCCCCCUCCGAAACAGAAUGGCUUCAUGCACGCUUCGCCACAAGUUCAGAUCCCAGCAUGACCAGUAGUUCCUUAUCCCCGGCGCCCUUUCUCGUCGAGCUCGGUCCAGGCUCAGGCGUGAUAAUCGCCUUCCUGACCACGCACGCCUGCACGAUUUUCGGCAGGGACAUCCUGAGUCUCGGGAUCGACGUCAACACGUACGCGUGUCAGGCUACGAGAAUGACGGCCGAAAAGGCCCUGGCCGAGCCGAAAGGAAGCAAUGGAACUAGCAACAGCAACAGCAUUUACAUGUCAUCCGUGAGCGGCGACCUCACCACCGCACUUCGACCGAGCGAAGUCGACAUACUAGUUUUCAACCCGCCGUACGUGCCUACGGACUCCGUCCCCACCUUCCCCGGCACGUCGAGCGCAGAUGGAAAGAUAUCCUUCGAAGAAUCUUCGCAUCUGCUCUCGCUCUCUUACGCCGGUGGUGCAGACGGAAUGGAAGUCACGAACCGCAUGCUCGCGCAAAUCCCCGAGGUUCUGAGCAGUCGAGGAGUGGCUUACAUUUUGUUCUGUCGGGGCAACAAACCUGAACAAGUCAAGGCCUGGAUUGCAACUUGGGAAGGAACCGAGGAGUGGAAAUGGUGCGCCGAGACCGUAGGCACAAGCGGCAAGACUGCUGGAUGGGAAAUGCUGGAGAUCGUGAGGAUAUGGAGGCAGAGUAACCAGGGGGCUUGAAGCAUGAGAAAUGUGCAGAGAAGCAAGGAUGAGUGCAUGGAUUCAAAAAAUCCACAUCUGAUGGUUUCUCUAAUGGGCCUGUCCGACACCUAGAAGCAGUAUGCUUGGACACACCACGUGCUGAGGGCGUUUCCCUCGCCCCACUCACAGCCACAACAAUAUAGGACAGCCAGCGGUACCGACAUGAUCUUUUACUGCUGAUGCUCAGACUGUCUGGGAUGGCUCCAAAGCUCAAUACCCCAACCCGUACGCUUUGACGCGAGAAAAGUAAAAGGGCUUGUCGUGCCUCAAGCUAAACUCGCUCCAGUCAUCCGUCAAAAGAUUAUAACUCCA